AAAUAGAGGAAUGCAUAUGGAAUCGAGUCCCCUUGCCGGCCGGCGUGUCAAAUCAUGGCGUCUAUACCCCGUGGAUGUAAACAAAGCAAGAUGGGGCUGCUCGGGAGGGUUUUGUUAUUACUUGCUGGCCUUUUAGCGGCGCUGGCCUCGGUGCAGGCUAAAAAAGAGCUUACCCUGUCAGAGCGUGUGCAGCAGCUCUCCGACGCCGGCCUGAAGAAGCCAGUCCUGAGGUUCAACGGGGACAAAUUCAAGCAGUAUGUGAAAGGCACACCGCGGAACUACUCCAUGAUUGUGAUGUUCACCGCCCUCGCCCCCUCCAGACAGUGUGGCAUCUGCAAGCAUGCCCAUGAUGAGUUCCAGCUUGUGGCUAACUCAUGGCGCUACUCUCAGGGCUACUCCAACAAGCUGUACUUUUCCCUGGUGGACUUUGACGAGGGCCCAGAUGUCUUCCAGCAGCUGCGUCUGAACUCUGCCCCGGUGUUCAUGCACUUCCCACCCAAGGGGAAGCCAAAGAAGGUUGACACACUGGAUAUUCAGCGAGUCGGCUUUGCUGCAGAGAACAUCGCUCGCUGGGUAGCUGAGCGGACGGACAUCCAGAUUCGAGUGUUCCGUCCUCCCAACUACUCCGGCUUACUGGCCCUUGUGGUCCUCCUGGCCUUAGUGGUGGGGCUCCUCUACCUCCGCAAGAACAACCUCGACUUCCUCUACAACAAGACCACAUGGGCUCUUGGUGCUUUGGCUUUCACUUUUGCAAUGACAUCAGGACAGAUGUGGAAUCACAUUCGUGGCCCGCCCUUCCUCCAGAAGACACAGUCCGGGAACAUUGCCUACAUUCACGGCUCAUCACAGGGACAGUUCAUCGUGGAAACCUACAUUGUCGCUCUGCUCAAUGCAGCGGUGGCACUGGGCAUGAUCCUGAUGGUGGAGGCAGCCAACAAGAGGGACGAUGUGAGGAAGCGCCGCAUCUACGCCAUCAUCGGCCUGGGUCUCUUUGCCUUCUGCUUUUCUCUCCUGCUGUCCAUAUUCCGCUCCAAGGCUCAUGGGUAUCCAUACAGCUUCCUUCUGAAGUAGCAUGACCCGAGGCUGAAACCAACCAUUCCUGCUCCCCUCUAGUUGAUUUGGUGUCCUGAAAACAUGUUGGAAGCCUUCAAGUGGACUUUAUUUUUAUACAGACACCUCUCAAGCGAUUUAGUCUUGUAGAAAGAAGUACAUAUUGCAUUUGAACUUAAGUGUGUAACUAAACUGACCUCUGAUUGAAAGAAUAUCAGUUUUGUAUUUAAUGUGAGAGCUUUUUGAGUGCUGUGUGAAAUAGAAAGCUUUAAAGAUUAGUUUCCAAGCUUAAGCAUUCUUUAUUUCAACCUGCAGGAAACAAUAUCACCAGUGAUGAAUAUAUUGUUAUUUUGAUUAAUAUUACUGAGUUGUUACAUUUUCUUUUAUAUUUAUGAUGUCACUCAUACUUAACGAGUAGCUAUAUAGAGCUUGAUACACAUUAGUUGUUGCUUAAUACACAUCAUUGUUCUCAGUCAUGUGUGCUAUUCUGUGUGUGCGUGUGUGUGUGUGUGCGUGUGUGUGUUUGUCUGAGGGAUGUAAGGGUUCAUUCUCAGUCUAUUAAAGUCUUCAGUUGUA